AUGGCCCAUCUCACCACCAACGCCUUCACCCGCCGGUUCCUCACAGCCACCACUCGUCCGACAGUUAACAAACUCAAUACCUCGUCGACCCGGGCACUUUCCUCCCUGGCUGCUCAACACCCUCAACCCCGAUCACUAAAGGCUCAUUCCUCUGGAUCACCUUUGAGUACCUUUAACUCUCGUCUAAUUCAAACAGCUGCGGACUCCUCGGCCGUCAACCCAGACAAAAUACCCUCGAAUGAUGGCGACAAGUUCAACAUCACUUUAGACGCUGAUUAUUAUCAAACCUACAAGUGUGAUGCCCCGUCGUUGGAGCUAGAAAUGACCAAGGCAGAACUAGUGCAGAUGUACCGAUGGAUGGUCACCAUGCGACGGAUGGAGAUGGCUGCAGAUGCGCUCUACAAGCAGAAGAUGAUCCGAGGAUUCUGUCAUCUGGCGAUCGGUCAGGAGGCCGUCAGUGUUGGGAUGGAGUCAGCCAUUCAACCCGAUGACAAGGUUAUCACGGCUUACCGAUGUCAUCCGUUUGCAGUCUUGAGGGGAGGAACGAUCAAAGGAGUGAUCGCCGAGUUAUUGGGCCGCAAGGACGGGAUGUCGAGCGGUAAGGGAGGAUCGAUGCACAUCUUCACUCCAACCUUCUUUGGGGGAAAUGGUAUCGUUGGUGCCCAAGUACCCGUCGGAGCAGGCAUCGCGCUUGCUCAGAAAUACCUGAACCAAGACGACAAGCAUGCCACCUUCAUCAUGUAUGGUGAUGGAGCGUCUAAUCAAGGGCAAGUCUUUGAAGCAUUCAACAUGGCCAAACUGUGGAACCUUCCUGCUGUUUUCGUGUGCGAAAACAACCUUUACGGAAUGGGCACGAGCGCAGAGCGUUCGAGUUCCAACACCAAGUACUUCACCAGAGGCGACCAAAUCCCCGGUCUUCAGGCCAACGGGAUGGAUGUACUAUCGGUUCACAAUGCGUGCAAGUAUGCCAAGGAAUGGACAACGUCAGGCAAAGGGCCACUGUUGCUUGAGUUCAUCACCUACCGAUACGGUGGACAUUCGAUGUCUGACCCUGGGACGACCUACCGAAGCCGAGAGGAAAUCCAGCACAUGCGUAGCACCAACGACCCCAUCACUGGUCUCCGUAACCGAUUGCUCGAAUGGAACGUCAUCAAGGAAGCCGACUUGAAGGCUAUCGACAAGCAGGCCAAGGCCGAAGUCGAUGUUGCCGUCGAGGAAGCUAAGAAGAGCCCCGAGCCCGACCCAGCUACUGAUAUGUGGACCGAUAUCUACUACAAAGGUACCGCGCCCAAGUGGAUGCGUGGUCGUGAAAAAGAAGAGGUCCAUCGCUACAAACCGGAAGAGUGCAAAGACCUAAUCUAA